AUGUCUCGCGUCACGCACACCCACAAGUGGGACGAGAAAUCCCACUACGCCCUCAUCCUCUCCUUGAUCGAGGUGGCCAGGCCAAACAAGGACUUCCUCCUCCGAGUGACGGAGCACAUGCAAUCCCAAGGCUUCAACACCACGUUCAGCGGCGUCAAGUACGCGCCCACCAUCCUGUCUCCCUUUCCCAAGUUCCGCCGCCGUCGUCUCCCCCACGCAAACCCCCGUCGUCAAGGCCGGCUGCUAACGCCUCCCUCUCGUCCCAGACAGCACAUCCAGAAGCUCCGCCGCACCCAAGACUCCCCCGACAAGUCGGCCAGCAACGACGGCGGCAGCGUCCCGUCCACCCCCUCAAAGGCCACCCCCAAGCGCAAGGCUCGCGCUCGCGCUCCCAAGGCAUCGCUCGCAAGGUCCCCUGCUGGCGUCCAGGAUUCCGACGACCAGGACGAACUCCCUAUCAAGCUCGAGUACGAGCUGUCUGGGGCGGAUGAGCCCCGUCUCAAGCGUCCCAAGAAGGAGAGGGCUGGCUGA